GUGCCUGCUGAAGGCCGAAUAGUUUUUCUAUUUUUAGUAGAGACGGGGUCUUGCUCUUUCUCAGGCUUGUCUGGAACUCCUGAGCUUAGACAAUCCACUCACCUCUGCCUCCCAGAGUGCUAUGAUUACAAUGAGCCACCUAGACCAGCCAUGCUUGUCAUUUCUGAGCCCCAGUUCCUCAUCUUUAUUAUUAUUUUUUUUAAUUUUUUUGAGACAAGAGUCUCACUUUGUCACCCUGGUAGUGUGCUGUGUUGUCCUAGCUCACAGCAACCUCAAACUCCUGGACUUAAGCGAUUCUCUUACCUCAACCUCCCAAGUAGCUGGGACGACGGGAGCUCACAGGGCUAUUUUUAGAGAUGAGGUCUCUCUCUGGCUUAGGCUGUUCUUGAACCUGUGAACUCAGGCAAUCCACCCUUCUGGGCCUCCCAAGUGCUGGGAUUACAUCUGGCGCCCGGUCCUAGUUCCCUCAUCUUUAAAAUAAUAAGGGUAAUUCUAUCCUAAAAUGGUUGUGAGGACUAAAUAAAGCAAUUCGUCGCCUAUAGUAAACGUUCAGUAGGUGGAAUUUGUUUCCAUUUUCCGGCUAGCGCUACCCCUCCUCUCCUAGUGCUGAGAGCCGCAGUCGCCUCCACGAACAGUCUGUAGGGUUCCAGGAGCGGAUUAGUUUUGGGUGUCACUUAAUCCAAGAGGUCCUUCCGCAAUCUGAACCUUCAUAGGAGCCAAACUGAUAAAAACCUGCUUAAGGGGCUUCCUUCCCAAACGCUGAAGAAUGGAGUGGGUAGCCGGAGCCAAGCUGUUGCUGCUGCUGUGGGUGACUGGCUGCCGACAUGCACAGGCAGACGGCCCAAGCGGUUACACGUCCGUCAUCGAAGUGACUAACGGGGGUCCCUGGGGAGACUGGGCCUGGCCUGAGUUGUGUCCAAUCGGAUUUUUCGCCAGCGGGUUCUCGCUAAAGGUGGAGCCCCCCCAAGGCAUUCCUGGCGACGACACGGCUCUGAACGGGAUUCGGCUGCACUGCGCGCGCGGGGAUGCCCAGCUCAACACGCAUGUGGUGGAGUCUCAGUCUGGAAGAUGGGGCGAGUGGAGUGAGCCCCUGUGGUGUCCUGGCGGCGGCUUCCUAGUGGCUUUCUCGCUUCGCGUGGAGGCACCCAUGACUCCCGGGGACAACACAGCAGCUAACAACGUGCGCUUCCGCUGCUCAGACGGCACCGAACUGGAGGGUCCUGGGCUGAGCUGGGGAGAGUUUGGAGACUGGAGCGACCCAUGUGCCAAAGGCUCUUGUGGCCUGCAGACCAAGAUUGAGCGACCUAGAGGCCUCCGCGAUGACACCGCGCUGAACGACGUGCGCUUAUUCUGCUGCCGCAGUUAACACUGUCGCUGUCCCUCCCCAACCUCUCCCGGACCCAAAGGCUAGUCCUACCUUCCGUGAUUAAAGCUUCUCCGUCUUGGC